UAGCAUUCGCACAAAAGACAACAAAUGCUUAAGCAAAUAACGCCGGGCGUUUUAAUACUAUUUAAUUUAAUUUCUGGUUAUAUGCAAUCUGUAAAAAAUGAUACACGAUAUUUUACUAUCGUGCUUGAGUUUAAGCCGCAAAGGAAUAAGUAUUCAAAGUUUUCUUGCAACACAGGUGGUAGAAAAAUUUAUGCAUCCUUGUGAACGUAGAAUUUUUAUGGAAAUUAUAAGCAUCUUAAAUAAUGUCAGUGAAGUUGUACGAUUUGCGAAAUUUUUUGGAGGCGUCAGCCAGCAUGACAUUUCUGACUACCCCGAAGCGAAAGAUUUCUCUUCGGGCUAUUAUUUAAAGAACUUUGCCAAAGGUAUCGAUAGUGCGCUUGAGGAAUAUUACAAUGAAAUAUUACAGUUGGAAUCUUAUUCCGAAAAAAAUACAACCAACUCUUUGGCAUAUAUCUACAAUGCCUUGGAAUUACACUUAACGGUUGUACUCUUUUUGCGUAAACUUAUUAACGAUGCUAGAAUACAGAAACUUAAUGGCUGUAGGCUGCUACAAAACCUGCAUCAAGCAUAUGAGCAUGGAGAUUUUCGUAUGGACCACAUAAUCGCCAAGGUUUCCAAACCCGUCAAGCUGGCUUUCUUUUCGCACCUGACCCACUGGCUCUUGUUCGGUGUUAUAGAUGAUGAACACUCCGAGUUCUUUAUCAACUAUAGAUCCUCGAAUGAAAGUGGUGUUAAAAAUGGCAGUGAGAAAUCGGUGACUACCAACAAUACUCAGGCGACUUCAUUGAGUGAGGAAGAGAUAUGGCAGUACGAAAUCCAAUUUAGUCAAUUGCCCAGCUUUGUGUCAUCCGUUUUAGCUGAAAAAGUUUUAUUUGUCGGUCAAACAGUUCUUGUUUUUAAAUUGGACCGAAGUAAACAUAAAAAUGACACAUGGAUGAUGAAAAUGCCUGGAUCAUUCUGUGAUGAUAUUAGUGAGCUGUGGGAUGGCAAAGAAGGGAUGUUCUGUAAAAUGAUUGAAGACUUGAAUCAGGAUGAUAAGAUCGACAUAUUUCACUUAGAAAGUGUCAUUAACCAAAUCAAGAAAUACGUUAGCCAACGUCUCUCAGAAAUAGCCGUUAUCGAAGAUGAUUUGGAUCGUCAGUUGUAUUUGAUAAAGGACUUUUACCUAUUGGGACGCGGUGAAUUUUAUUUAGAAUUCUUUCGUCAACUAUAUGAAAAUUCAGAAAACAUUGCUGAGCUAAAUGCUAAAAACUAUACAAAAGCCUUCGAGAUUGCAGCAAACGUAAUGGGAAUCGUUGAUGAUUUGGAGAAUUUCUCCCUAAGUGUUCAAAAAACUACCAUCGAUUUGGAGGAGAGCUGCGAGUUUGCCAUAUUUCAAAACCUUCAUCUCAAAUACAUAUACAAAUGGCCAUUGAAUCUCUUGUUUUCGCCAACAACGGUGGAACGAUACAAUACGGUCUUUCGUUUCCUUUUAACUGUUCGGAAGCUACAAUAUGAUCUUCAGCUUGUAUGGGCCCGCCACAAAUGGGCCGCUAAAACCGCAAAUCCGGUGAACCUAAAGAUUAUUAAUUUUCGCAAUCACCUAAUGUUCUUUUUGGACAACUUGCAGUAUUACAUACAGGUGGAUGUUCUUGAAUCUCAGUUCAGUAUUCUCAUGAGUGUGAUUGCUAGUAAAGCUGAUUUUGAAGAAAUUCAAAGGGCUCAUUCGGUUUUUCUAGCCAAUGUGCUUUCACAAUGUUUUCUGCUGACCGAUGAAACCGACAAAAAAAUAAAUAUAACCCAGUCAACACGUCAUUCCCAAUAUCCGGUUUAUGGAACAAUUCUUGAGAUUUUUAGUAUUUGCGAGAAAUUUAGCGUCGUGAAUUGUUCGGAAGAAACUCCCGAUGAGCAUUUAAAUAAUGUUGAUAGACUCGAAGAAAGAUUUAACGUUGCCAUAUCGGGAUUAAUUAAAUUAUUGGUUAACAUUAAAAGUGCAUCCAGUUUCGGUCCGCUUUCGCAGUUCUUAUUAAGAUUGGAUUUCAAUCGUUGGUUUAGCGUAAAGAGAACUGAAAACGCAGCAUCAUAA